AUGCCGCUUACUUCAACCCAGCAAGAGCCUGACGCCUUUGCCAAUCAUUGUCCCCAGGUGAUGCAUCACAGAAGCAACGACCCUCCCCGCCUAGACCCCUUCGCGCCCCUCAAUGCGUUGUCCAAACCCGGUAGCCAGUCGUCCAGUCGACCACCGCCGCCAGUAAGGCUCAAGCAACUCGUGCCAUUGUUUCAGAUGCUCCAAGGGGGCGCCCUUCUCCCGGCAUUCCAUUAUUCCAUACGGAGUGCUGCGUCCACCUCGUCCUGCGUUGUAAGGCCCCAUCAUUAUCCAUACCCUUCAGCCGUAGCACCGACACACGGAGGAUUGCAUACUGACGGAGGAGCAAAGGCGAGGAUCUCCGAAGGCAAUUCCUCAGGCUAUGCUAUUCUUGUCCGCCCUAGCCCUAAGACGGCCGACCUGAGGCAUCCACACAUGCAAGGCAUCCCCUAUCCGGUUAUCUAUCAUAUGGAUCCUCAUCCUCCAUCAUCCUCCUGCCUCGCACAACACUAG